GUCUUCUGACAUUCUUGAGUGGGAAGCGGAUGUGAUGAGAGUGUUAGCGGCUAGUUGGGAAUGUGGAGAGCAGGCAUGACGGAGGAGGUUGGUAGAGCGCUCCAGGCGGUAGUGGACCGGGUUCAUCAGGCGGCUGCCCGUCGUACAAAGUGUUUGCCAAAUAUCCAACCCCGACUUGUUGCAGUCAGUAAGACAAAACCACCAGAGAUGGUGAUGGUUGCUUACCAACAUGGACAGCGCAACUUUGGAGAGAACUAUGUACAAGAACUCUUGGACAAGGCGUCAGACCCAAAGAUUCUUUCCUCUUGCCCAGAGAUUAAAUGGCAUUUUAUUGGACACCUCCAGAAGAAUAAUGUUAACAAAUUAAUGGGUGUGCCCAACAUCUUUAUGGUGGAAACCGUAGAUUCUGUUAAACUGGCAGAUCGAGUAAACAGCUCUUGGCAAAAGCAACGAUUGUCUGCUCAGAGGUUAAAGGUUAUGGUCCAAAUCAAUACAAGUGGAGAGGACAGCAAACAUGGCUUGGCCCCAUCUGAGGCUGUAAGCAUGGUGCAGCAUAUUGUUUCCCAGUGUCCUGCUCUUGAAUUCAUUGGCCUUAUGACAAUUGGACAGUAUGGACACGAUCUCAGUGAAGGACCCAAUCCAGACUUUCAGAUGCUUCUGUCCAAAAGGAGAGAAGUUUGUGAUACCCUGAAACUUCCUCUUGACAAGGUUGAACUAAGCAUGGGCAUGUCGAUGGAUUUUGAACAUGCGAUCGAAGUGGGUUCUACAAAUGUGCGUGUAGGAAGCACUAUUUUUGGUGAAAGAGCAUACCCCAGCACCCCUAGUCCUGAAAAGAAGAUUAAGCCUGUUGAAAAAAUGGCAGAAAAAUUGGAGCAUUUGACAGUGAAGGAGCAGUGAGGCUGGACUUAUCCCUACUUUAGGGAUCAAACUAAAUGCCUAAGAAUAUGGUAAAAUCCGCACACUUGGCCCAGAAGGAACAGAGGCGAAAAGAAGAGGACAAGAACUCAUCAUUUCUUUAAGUUUUGAUCAUUCUGUUGUCCUCUGUUUUCUGGAUAGCAUAGUGAAUGUGAAGUAAUUUGUAAACCAUUGUUGCAUUAUUUUAACAUCUGCUAACAAUUUUAUCUUCACUUUCAUAAUUGAGGUGGGACAUACUUGAUUGAAAAAGCAAGAACUAUGCCCUUGGAUACAUGGGCCUUUAACUCCUUUAAUCUGAGUUGAUUAUGAUGUCAAUAUCAUUAUCAUUUAACAUUUCAAACUUAAUGUUCAGAAUUCUUUUAGUUUUAUAAUGUAUAUUUGAUUGUUUUGCACUGUAAUAACAAUACAGGAUUUAAUUCUGUACAACCGGUCCUGUUUCUGUAUAUUUGUUAUGUUUCAAAAUGACUACCAUUUAAUGUGAGACCUCUCCUGCAUAUCAAAUUGUGACCCAUGGUUAUCUAUGCAGAGGCACAAGACCAUUAUUCUUUAGGAUAUUUUUGCAUUUGGCACAAAUGACAUUUAGAACUACAGUUGAACAUGCCACUUUUUAAAUAAACUGUCUGAUGUGGCAAGAGCA